UCCAGUGUUUACUGGCAGUUCUGGAAAAUUCCUUAACUCGGUCAAUAUCCUGGCAACGGUUAAUGUUAGGAAAUGCAGUUUGUUAGUAAACACAACAUAAAAGAUAAACAAAAACGUUAUCAUCCGGUAGUUUCCCCCUAAUUUUAUUAAUAAAAUUUUCCCCUUUCUCAGAACGUUUACCGUUACCACAGUUGCAAUAAUACAUAUUCAUAGGUUUUGUUGCGGGUUUCUUUUCCCAGCUGAUAUGACGUAGAUGCUUGAGUAUAUAUGUGAUUUUUGGUAUCGGAGGGCGGAGAAAGAAACGGGGGGCGCAAGGUUGUGCUGACUUAAGACAUGCUAUUUGAGAAUUUGCUUUCUCUGUGCUUCCGGAGAUUGGGCAUCCCUUUCGAAGGACUAGUUAGACAUAUCUGAUAAUCAGAAGACACCACGCCAGAAGGACCUAACAUAUUUUACGCUAUCGCAGAUAGGAGAAGGUGAAGCACUGGCCGAGCCCCGGUCUCUGGAAAGCGCCGUAGGCAUGGCUUCAGAGCCCCCAACAGCCAGAAGAAGCUUCGAUGUCAUGUAGUCCUAAUCGACGACAACCGGGGAGAAGUAUCUACCUAUCUGCCGAAAAAAGCAGGCUACCGAGGGCCAUCCAAAGGAGUGGGCAAACUAAGCCGUAUUACUUCUGCUGCUCAAUCGAUCCAGUGGCGUUGAAGGAGCGCUGGGAACAGCAGAGUGCGUGGGGAGAACCGGCCGCCCCCGAGGUUUUGUGUGUGGAACCAAAGAGCUGCUCAGUGCUGGCUCCGAGAGUGACUAUUAGAGAGGUAAGGACUCAAAAGAAGGAGGGUGCAUGGAGCCAUCAAGACUGGUUAAACCAAGGACAUCCACCAUCCUCUGGUUGGGCCUUGUUACUGCAGCAGCAACGUUGCUAUGCGCUGACGCUCGAGCCACCCCAAGCCCAACAGCAAACAAUGCCACGUGCGAAGGGACAUCCGACUGCAAACCAGGCAUUAUUCUGCCGAUCUGGUACCCCGAGGACCCUUCGAUGGGCGAUAAGAUUGCACGGGUGAUUGUAUACUUUGUUGCAAUGAUUUACAUGUUUCUUGGUGUGUCCAUUAUCGCUGAUCGCUUCAUGGCCGCCAUUGAGGUCAUAACCUCCCAAGAGAAAGAGAUUAUCAUCAAAAGAUCCAAUGGAGAAACCACCACUACCACCAUUCGGGUGUGGAAUGAAACCGUUUCCAACCUGACCUUGAUGGCACUGGGUUCAUCAGCCCCAGAGAUCCUACUCUCAGUCAUUGAGGUCUGUGGUCACAGCUUCCAAGCUGGGGAGCUGGGUCCCUCCACCAUCGUAGGCAGUGCAGCUUUCAACAUGUUUGUCAUUAUUGGGCUCUGUGUGUCAGUUAUCCCUGAUGGAGAGACACGGAAGGUCAAGCACUUGCGUGUUUUCUUCGUUACAGCAGCCUGGAGUAUCUUUGCCUAUAUUUGGCUUUAUAUGAUUCUGGCUGUUUUCUCUCCCAAUGUGGUCCAGAUCUGGGAGGGCCUCCUCACUCUUGCAUUCUUUCCAAUUUGUGUCAUCCUGGCCUGGGUGGCCGAUCGUCGUUUGUUAUUCUAUAAGUUCAUGCAUAAAAAGUACCGAACAGAUAAGCAUAGAGGAGUUAUCAUCGAGACUGAGGGAGAACGAUCCAAAGGUAUUGAGAUGGAUGGGAAAAUGGUAAACUCACACUUUGUGGAUGGUGCUUCUAGUAACCUGAUUGGACUGAUAGAUGUGAAAGAGAUGGAUGAGUCCCGGCGAGACAUGAUCCGCAUUUUAAAGGAUCUGAAGCAGAAGCAUCCUGAAAAGGACAUGGACCAGCUGGUAGAAAUGGCUAAUUACCACGCCCUUUCUCAUCAGCAAAAGAGUCGCGCUUUCUACCGUAUUCAGGCCACGCGGAUGAUGACUGGAGCAGGAAACAUACUAAAAAAACAUGUUGCCGAGCAGGGUAAGAGAACCACCAGUCUGCAGGAGAUACAUCUUGAGGAACCUGAGGAGUUUGUGUCCAAGAUAUUUUUUGAGCCUUGUGUCUACCAGUGUCUUGAGAAUUGUGGUGGUGCUCUGCUGACGAUUGUUAGAAAGGGGGGUGACAUUAACAAAACGGUGUAUGUGGACUACAAAACUGAAGAUGGCUCCGCAAAUGCUGGCGCAGACUAUGAGUUCACAGAGGGAACAGCUGUAUUCAAGCCUGGUGAGAUGCAGAAGGAGAUUAGCGUAGGUAUCAUCGACGACGACAUCUUCGAAGAGGAUGAGCAUUUUUUCGUGCGACUCAGCAACGUACGUGUACUGGAGACGGAAGAUGUCCUGUCAGCCAACAUGUUGCAGUUCCCCAAAGCCCUACUAGGUUUCCCUGCCGUGGCUACAAUCACAAUCCUAGAUGAUGACCAUGCUGGCAUCUUCACUUUCGAGAGUGAUUCCCUGCAUGUGAGCGAGAGCGUGGGCAUCAUGGAGGUUAAGGUGCUAAGGACUUCCGGAGCUCGCGGCACUGUCAUCGUGCCUUACCGAACAAAUGAAGGGUUGGCCAAGGGUGGAGGAGUGGAUUUCGAUGACACCUAUGGAGAACUGGAAUUCAAAAAUGACGAGACCUGCAAAUCGAUUCAGGUGAAAAUCAUAGAUGAUGAGGAGUAUGAGAAAAACAAAAAUUUCUUUCUGGAGCUUGCUGAGCCACGCAUGGUGGAUAUGAGCCUGCAGAAAGACCGAAAGUUAUCACCUGAAGAAGAGGAAGCGAGGAGAAUCGCAGAGAUGGGCAAACCAGUGUUAGGGCAGCACCGCAAACUAGAGGUCAUCAUCGAGGAGUCAUAUGAAUUUAAGAGCACAGUGGACAAACUGAUAAAGAAGACUAACUUGGCUCUUGUUGUGGGAACUAACUCUUGGAGAGAUCAGUUCCUGGAGGCCAUCACAGUCAGUGCAGUCUUUAACAACAUGACAGGAGAUGAGGAUGAAGAGGAUUCCGGGGAAGAACGCCUGCCUUCCUGCUUUGACUAUGUCAUGCACUUCUUGACAGUUUUCUGGAAAGUUCUGUUUGCAUGUGUUCCACCUACGGAGUACUGGAAUGGCUGGGCCUGCUUCACUGUGUCCAUCAUCAUCAUUGGCUUGUUGACGGCCGUUAUUGGUGAUUUGGCAUCACAUUUUGGCUGUACGAUUGGUCUGAAGGACUCCGUUACUGCUGUGGUGUUCGUGGCCCUCGGUACUUCAAUUCCUGACACCUUUGCCAGCAAGGUGGCCGCAGUACAGGAUACAUACGCCGAUGCCUCCAUCGGGAACGUCACUGGCAGUAACGCGGUCAAUGUGUUUCUCGGCAUCGGGGUGGCUUGGUCAGUGGCGGCCAUCUACUGGCACAUGCAAGGGAAGGAAUUUGUGGUGGCAGCCGGAUCCCUUGCCUUCUCUGUCACACUCUUCACCAUCUUCGCCUUCCUCGCAGUAACUGUGCUGCUCUACCGGCGCCGUGCCCACAUUGGCGGAGAGCUGGGUGGUCCGCACGGACACAGACUGGUCACCACCGGCUUCUUCUUCAGCCUGUGGUUUCUCUACAUUCUCUUCUCAAGUCUGGAGGCAUAUUGUCAUAUACAAGGCUUUUAGCCGCUAGGAACAUCUGUCCAGAGGUACUGAACGGAAGAAAAUACAAGUGUGGAUUUUAAGUGUGGAAACGGGUGUGGAGCAGAGUUGUACAGAGUGCAAGACAAGAGGACGCAGUGGAGACCUCCACUGCGGCAGUCCUUCCUGAGGUCUUUGCAGAUAUCAGAUGGUCAAGGCGAAGCAUUAAUAAAGGAGGAAUAAGGCAGUGCCUUUUUUCCCUGGUAAGGUGGGGUGGGGAAGACAGGAUUUAACUGUCCUCACUCAUAGGAGUCUGGAUGGUUGAUUGAUACCAAUGGGGAAAACCAGUCAAGUAAUCUUGAUGUGUGAAAUCAAAAUAUCUAUUUUUUUCUCAACACCUGACAAGAAUUUUUUAAUGAAGUAUUUUGGGAAAAAAUAUAAAAACACAAAAAUAGGAAUUUAAGAACUAUUUUCUGAGCUGUAUAAAGGAUAAGAAUAAUAUUUCAACAAAAAAAUAACCUAAUGAAAUUACACAAACUGUUCUUGGGUCACAAUAGGAAGGACUAUAUGCAGAGUCCUUUUUUAAUUUGUAAAGGAACCACUGGAAGGUUCUCAGAUUUUUACAAAGGCUGAAGUGAACAGGGACAAAAUCGGAGAGAUAAACUGAACAUUAACAGCUGAGCAUUACUUCCUUUAUACAUCUUUAUAUAUAUAUAUAUAUAUAUAUAUAUAUAUAUAUAUAUAUAUAUAUAUAUAUAUAUAUAUAUAUAUAUAUAUAUAUAAAUAAAACAUAUUUUCUGUAUAUUCUGAAUAUUUCCUAUGUGCAUUUAAUGGAGGUAGAUGGGGGCUGAGUGCUGGUGAACAUAUAAUAUUGGGUGACUUCUAGCUAUGAGAUCUUUUACCUAUCUACUCGUUUACCAAUUUUUAUGAAAAAUGACAUAAUGACACUAAAAGCAUCGAUAGACAAAUUUGUCUCAAUGAAGUGUAACUGAAGAGCAGGGGAGUACUUUUCGUCUCAGAUGUUAUUAUUCCGACUGGCAAGCAGAGACAGCCUUAUAGCUGAAUAAACGGCCAGGUAACUAGCCAGAUAAAUUGUAUACGGUUGUGAACGUUAAAAUAAAUAAAAUGAUUCUUCUUUAUGUAACUUGUUACAUACUACAAACACCUUCAAAUCGGUACAAUUAUAAUGUAAAUAAAAAAUUACAGAGAUGUUCUAAAAUUCCGUGUAAAUCUGUAACAAAAAUACAAGGAAGCUCCACCCAAACUAAAUGCAAAGUUAGUGUGUACCUUAAUACAGCUUGAUAAGAAGGUGUAACUAUGCCCUACAGAAUGAACAGAGGACUGAUUAACAGGGUAAGACUGUUAUUGAUGCUGAAAGGGUACUUUGUGCAGCUAAAGGGAUAAGAAUAUCCAGCUAAAGGGUGAGAGGUUCAUGCACAUAUAUGUACAUAAAUUUAAUAUUUUUUUUUUUACAUACAAACAUAGGAAAGUGUAUAUGCAUAACAGAUGUGUGUAUGUGUGUGUGUGUGUGUGUGUACGUUUGAACACCAUUUCAGACCCAUGUCUGUCCAUGUGUGUGCAGUUUAAUAAUAAAACAUAUGUCCACACCUCUCAUGGAUGUCUCACCAAAAAAGGAGAAAAUAUAUUUUAAGUGUAUCUAGGUAAAUACUAAAUAUUUUCUUAAAAACAAAGCAUAUGGCAUCAUUAUAGGUUAAGACGCCAGUCCUUCUUAUUCCAAACGUAUCCUAUCCAGUUAUGGGUUUGUUGAUUUGGUCUUUUUGACCCCACAAGUAUUAUGGAUGUGACACCCCAGAAAACAGGGACAAGCACGUUUGACAAAACUGUGGACAGUUUUUAUUGCUGCUGCCUACUUACAAAACAUGCCUCAGCUUCUGUCUUUUAUUUUCUGUAAAACAAAAUUUUCUUCCGUUAAUUGAAGACUGGUUUCGAAAUACUCAGUUGGAAAUGGACAAAAGGGAGAAUCAAUCCACUAUUACAAGCAAAGAGCAGGGCCUGAAUUAUCCUGAAUUAAGAUUUUUUUCAAUUCUGAUAAGGAUAUUUUACUGUAAGGUCUUGGCCUACCAUAAAUGCUACAUGUCCGUUUAAAUUAAAUAAUUUUCUCAUGGCUUAUAUAUAUAUAUAUAUAUAACUAAUGUCACAGCAUAAUAUCCAAAUACUUUCUGGUAAAAACAGCAAUAAAGAAUUUCAAUAUUACAGUUAUACACCAGUUACGCCAGCUAGAUGCUAAAUAUUGGCUUAGAAUAACAUCAGUUUUGUUUCUUAUAUUCAUCAAAAAUUGCUUUCUUUGGCUAGCUCUAGAUCUGUAUAAUAUUAAUUGUUGUUGAGUAACAUGAAGCAUUGUCAGGUUGGAUUGUAUUUGAACAAUAUUUACUGGAAACACCACAGGAAAAUUUUAAUACAGCCACAUCUUUUUUUCAUAACCACUUAAGUAAUGUGGGAUAACAGUGUAUCGGGAGCCUGUCUGAUGAAGCAUCAUUAGCACACUGAAUUACAUGCUAGUCCAAGGGUCUUCGGCUGGCCAUGGGGGCAGGUACUGGGCACCCGUAGAAACCUUUUGGAAAAGCUUCAUGCACAGAAUGCGUUGUUCAUACUUGCAGGCGUACGACAUUCUGUGUGUUAUCAGUCACCAAACAAUUGCCGCAUUACUUUCAUUCACUCUUUUCUCCCUUAAAUAUACAGCCAUGUAAAUUUCAUUCUCCCUGUUGCCAGCACCAUCCCAGCCUCCCUUAGUUCUUCAUUAUUUAUAAAAUCACACAUUAAUGGUCGGGGUUCCCUAGCUCUGAACUCUGCGGUGGUCCCUAGUUUUAGAUUGCACGUUUACGGACAACGUUGAGACACUGGUCUGCUUAAAUUACGCCUUUGGAGUAUGUAGGGGCACCUGUGAAGAGAGAGUAAACGCCUGUGAUCAUGGGGAAAACAUGAAAACUUAACGCAUACAGAGCUAUUAUAUUCAGGGCCAUGCAAAAUGUUCUUUCAUGACAUUCCUGUCGGUGAUCUGGCACACCAUGUUUAAAUAUUGCUUAAUGGAAAACAGCUUCGAUUCAGCCCAGUUGAAGGAAGCCUUGGGGCUUGAUGAUUUCUGGUAUGGAGUUUUUCCACAUUGUUUUCGUUUGUUAUGCAAAGGAGAGUAAUGCAAAGGCAGCCCUUCAUGGUACAUGCUAGUACGCAUGAACUGGAAAUGGGCGACAUAGUUCAUCUGCUGGCUCCGUUAAAAUCAACAUGUAAAACUUGAUUUAUAUCGAAUAAUUGUCAGGUUAUUUCCACAAUGCUGUUUAAUUAAGGUAAAAAGUUCAUUAAAAUAUCCCUUCAAUCUGAUACUGAAAGGUUUUUAUCUGUCUGUCCAUCUUACAACUGAUUUGGGUCACUAAAGCACAAUGCAGGGCUGCCAGUCUGUCCCAGGGCACAUACAUGUACACAUUCACACAGUGGCCAACUUAGAGAGACCGAGUGGCUUCUCUUUGGGCUGUGGAAGGAUACCUGCACGAUAUGGGAGAAACAUACAAACUCAAACGGACCCAAAUCCCUAACCCUGAAACCUGCUACCCACUGAGCCCCCAUAACACUUGAAAAGGGUUUAUGUUUAAAUACAAAUUUCUCAUAAAAAUGAGCUUUAAAGAACUUGUAGCAAAACUCUUGGAGAAUAAAACCGAAGUAUAAAACCUGACAAUAGCAUACUGUACAGUAUAUGUGUUCUGCUCAUAAGGGAAAUGGGAAAAUUUGUUAAGAAAAUGUAGCUGUGUAUGACUCAGAGCCGGUCACGUAUGUGUUCUGUUAAAAUUUGAAUAUAUUUCACCAUGAUAACAGCAAAUGUUUCAGAGAAAUUGUUUCAGCAGAACUCUUAUACAGUCUGUUUAAUAUGAAAUAGCUCAAAUUUCAAAGCACAAUCUUUGUAUGUGGUGUUAUACAGUGUAGCAGGGUUCACAUUGUGCUGGCCUGCGUUACACAAACUUUGCAUGACAGCGAAUGGCAUACGGUGUCAUACGAAGUACACUUGCACAUUAGUUUGUUCUGUAACACCGAUCUUAUACUAACUGGGAAUCUUAUCGGGUUGUGUUUAAGCGAUGUUCGCCAGCUUUUCAGAUGCUAUGCCUAAUAAUCUGUCUCUGGAAGAUCAAAGAUAUCUGUUGAUUGCUGUCCACUACACUGGCCGACAUGGGGAAAUGCUAUUACUGUGAACAAAAGUGGCCAUUUAAAAUGAUUUAUUUUUCUAUUGUUUUUGUGCUGUACUUUUUUUGUAUUUAAUAUUUAUUCAUAAAAAUAUUAAUUUAUUUGUAAGUCUUUUGCUGUACAUUUGUGUUCUGCUUUUCAAUUUUAUUCAUUGUACAAAAUUAUACGAACACUUGGGGCUAUAGUUAUGUAUAAAAGGUGCUAUAUAAAUAAAGGUAUUACUAUAAUUAAGCUAAAGUGUGCAUCACUCAAGCCGGUAUUUACAUCUGAGUACAAAACUUGCUAAACUGUCAGCAAUCAACAGUCACUCUCCAGUUACAAGCACUUAGGGGUAGCAUGUGAAACCGACUGGGAUGGUCUCCAGGAGUAGGGCAAGAGGCCAGUAACAACUCUAUUAUGUACCUUGUGGAAAGAAUUUUUGGACGGUUAUUUGUAUUAAGGAUUGGUUUUGUAUUUAAAAAAAAUACACUUGGUGUAUUGUCAGCCUCAGUAAAUUAACAUGCAGAAAAAUCUCGGUAACAUAAUUAAGAACAGGAGCAAAUGACUGCGAUUUGGUGAGCUUGGCCUUACUGUACUUUUGAUUAAAUUCGUUUGGUAAACUCUGGCUUUUAUGUAGUUUAGUCUUCUCUUUGUAGGAGUGAGGGCUUGGAUGAAGACAAACAUUCUGUUCAGAACAUGCUUAUAAUAUGAUCAGUUCUAAGGAGUACCUUUGCCACGAGGCAGAUGCUUCUAGAAAAUUUGCCUAUAUCUGAUCGUUUCAACUAAAUCGAAAAAUAAAAAACGUUCAACUAAUAUUUUUUUUGUACUAUACUACUCAAUAUCAACAUCUCUGUUAUUCUUACAGAAGUGGCACAAUUUAUCGCUGCCUUUCCUCCAUCCUGCUUAAAAAUCACUGGAUUGUUGUUUAUUUGUUUAUUUGCAUUUACAUGGAAGAUUGAUUUCUCUAUUUAUUUCAGGGAAUUAUGCAUGAUAUGAACCUUAAUUCAAUUUAUGUCAAAUUAUCAGUUUCUGAUUUUUUGUCAACAAAAAUAAACUGUUUGAAAAAUUA